UGAAUUCAGCUCAACGUAUCGCACACACGCGUCUACCGACAAACAAAACUCCAAACUCUAAAACCAUUACAAUGGCAUUCUUCAAAUCUUUGAUCUGCUUGGCUGUCCUGAGCGUUGCCUCCGCCGGAGUCCUGCACAGUGGUCCUGCACUCUACGCCUCUGGGCCAGGUCUUGCCUAUGCUGGACAUGGUCAUGGACAUGGACACCAUGAUGAGGGUCUGGACUACCAUGCAUAUCCCAAGUACCACUACAACUACGGUGUUGCCGACUCCCACACUGGUGAUGUGAAGUCCCAGCAUGAGGUGCGCGAUGGUGAUGUUGUCAAGGGCUCCUACUCUCUGGUUGAGCCCGAUGGUUCGGUGCGCACCGUUGAGUACACCGCCGAUGACCACAACGGUUUCAACGCCGUCGUCCACAAGAGCGCUCCCACUGUCCAUCAUGCCGCACCCGCCCAUGUUGUUGCCCAUGCUGCCCCAUUGGUUGCUCAUGCUGCUCCUCUGGUUGCUCACGCUCCCGCCAUUGCCCACCAUGUGUCUGCUGCUCCAGCUGUCCCCUAUAGUGGCUCCCUGGCGCAUCAUGCCGCUGCCGUGCCCGCCUACGGCUAUGCCACCCACAACGCCCAUGCGCAUGUGGCCCACUACUAAGGAACCUGGAACUGCAAGAUGAACGCCCACCCUUCCACAACCAACAAUAAAUACACGUCUACUUAUUUCAUAUUUAUUAAGCACGCGACGACACGUUGACGACCUCACCAUUGCCUCCUGAAGCAGAUCCUGAAGAUAAAGCUGAAGUUGAAGCCUGCAUAAUACUCAAGUCAUUCACUUUGUAAAUAAUCAAUCAAUCAAUCAGAACAGCGUCAAUCGGGAGCAAUGCCACAACUAUAACCUCUCCAGCAUCUGUCAUCCCUCUUGCUCAUAUGCUCAUGCGCCGUCUCUGUCUCACUCACUCACUCACUUACUCACACUCACACUCACAUACACACAUACAGCUUUCGUGCAAUUCUCUAUGUAAUUUAAACAUUCAACAUCUUUUUUUGUAAAUACUACGAACGCCCAUCAACAAUGCCACGCCCACGAAAUGAAAGAUGCAACUGAACAUCAUGCGGAUCAAGAAGUUCAAGAUCGUGAUGAUCAAGUUAUAAAAAGGAUUACAGAACGGAAUAUACAUAACACAAAUAUAAAUUGGGAAUUUAUAUCUUGUAACAUGUCUUAUAAUUUCUGUGUAAUUUUAAGUUAAUUGAAACUGCGACAAAAUGCUAUAAAUAUAAAAUGUAGUGAAUUACAAAAAUCAAA